AUGGCGCUUCCACAAAUUCACCACAGCUCCCUCCAGACUACGUUUACCGGUACCUCUCAGACCAACGAUGGCACCACGGUCAAUUCAUUCAGAGGCAUCCCGUACGCCACUAUUCCGGCUCGCUUCGAGCGCUCGCAGCUGAUGCAGAAGUUCGACGAACCUGCGGUCGAUGCGACGCGAUAUGGACCACGAUGUCCACAAAUGAAGAUAGACGUGCGCCAUUUGCUACGCAUCCCAGAAGACAUCGAAAUUCCAGAAGAGGAUGAGGAUGAGUUCAAAUGCUUGAAUUUAGAAAUCACCUGCCCUCCGCUGCAUCAGUCGAAGGGGCCUCUUCCGGUCUUGAUCUGGAUUCACGGUGGCUCGCAGGUUGUCACGUUUUGCUCUGCUGCAUCUGGAAUCUGUGACCCAACGAAGCUCGUUGCAGACUCGAUCAAAUACCAGAAACCAAUGGUAUUUGUUUCUAUAAAUUACCGACUCAACAUCUUUGCUUUUGGUGAUGGCAAAGAGAUGAACCUUGCUCUCAAGGAUCAACGACUCGGAAUUGAAUGGGUGCGCAAGAACAUCGCUUCUUUUGGUGGUGAUCCGAAUAAUAUCACCUUAGCCGGUGAGAGCGCCGGUGGUGUUUACGCUCACGCUCACUUGGUCACUGGACCGCCAGUCAAACGGGCCAUCCUGGCUUCCGGGUCUCUCUACCUCUCACGCCCAAUGCCAGCAGCACGAGGGAAGUGGAUGGUCAAUACUCUAGAAGCUAAAGUGAAGGAACUGGGACAGUCGUCUCUUCGCGAAGCAACUGUGCCCAUUCUCAUACAGGCCCUGGGAGAAUGUAACGUCAACUCGAUGUUCCUCCAGGAGGACUCGGAAUUACAAGAUUGGGAAUCGAGACCGGAACAUGUCGAAGAAGUCAUGAUUGGAGAUACGGAAUAUGAGUCCGUGAUCUGGCGUAACGGCAUUGAGACCCACGACGUAUCUACGAUCAAUGCGGCCUUUAACUUGAACCCUGAAUGGGGUCCUCAGCUGCGCAAAAUGUACCAGGUCGUUCCUACUCGUCCAACGGCCAGCAAGCUCGGUGCCCUGGACAUCAUCGACGAUGCUCUCUACGCCAUGCCCGUCGAAGUUAUCUCCGACAAGCUCCAAGCAAAUCAAAAGACGGCUUACAAGUAUGUGGUUGACCAACCUAACCCGUGGCAGUCGUCUAGCCGUUCCCACCACGCGGUUGACUUGCUCUUCCUGUUCGGGACGAUGGACCUGUCGCACAACCCGGGUGCGGAGGGUGUCGGGCAAGAUAUGAGACGGCGGUGGGCGUCGUUUGUGAAUGGUGAUGCCCCGUGGCCCGAGCAGAAGAGAUAUGCCUAUGGUCCAUUCGGAGUAUGUGGCGAGAUUGACGAGGGACAGUUUGCUGGUCGACGGAGGAUAGGACAUAUCAAGGCAUUACGGGAGGCUGGAAAGGACGUGUUUUUGCCCAUUGUUUUUGCGUUAGCAGCCGGGAAGAUCAGUUUGUUGAACUAG